AUGCCGAGCGCAUUGGUUUUACGAGCUGGGGUCAGCUUUGAGGACAGAGAAUUCUGGAAUAGCUCGCUUCUCAUUUCCGAAGCCGUCGCAGCUCUCAUUUGUAGCCCGAUCUUCGGUUAUUUACUUGACGUCUCCGGUACUCGUCAAGGGCCCUACCUAGCGGGUCUCAUUCUGCUAUUCGGCUCAAUGAUAAUUUUCACGGCAUCAAAUUCCAUACUCUGGUACACGGUCGCGCGGAUACUCCAGGGAGGAGCAACUGCAAUGGUUACGGUCGCAGGAUUCGCUAUUGUGACAGAUGCAGUAGACAAACGUCAUUUGGGACAAAUGCUUGGCUAUAUUGGAACAGCUAUGACCCUAGGCUUUGUUUCGGGUCCUGUUCUAGGUGGAGUGGUAUACAGCAUUGGAGGCUUCUAUGCUGCAUUUGGGAUGGCAUUUGCCAUUAUUGCCCUGGAUCUGGUAUUGCGACUAGCUGUCAUUGAAAAGAAGGUUGCUGAGCGUUGGGUCUCAUCUCCAGACAACGGAGUUGUCUCACGUCGAGAUCAUGACCACAAUCAUCAAUCAGUCCUGAUAGCUCUGUGGGCCGUUAUCGUAAGCGCAAUCGUAGCGUCCGCCUUCGAUGCUACUUUGACUAUAUUUGUUGAAACGAUCUUUCAUUGGGAUGUUCUGGGAGCUGGUCUCAUUUUUAUACCCGGUGCUUCGGUGGCGAUUUUACAGCCAUUAUUUGGCUACCUUACUGAUCGUCUUGGCUCACGAAUAAUUGCUUUUUCAAGUUUCGUCAUUCUAUCACCAACCCUUGUUUUGCUUCGAUUUGUUGAAGAAAAUACCUUUCAGCACAAAGCCAUUCUGUGUGUUAUACUUGCCACUGUUGGAAUGUGUAUUGAUCUUGGCGAGCCCGCUCUUCUGGUUGAACUACAGAAAGUUCUCGACGACAUGGAGGCUGAGGAUCCAAGCGUAUUUGGUGGACAAGGUGCAGUUGGGCAGGCCUUCGGUCUUCAGAGUAUGGCGCAUUUUGGAGGUUUUGCCCUUGGGCCAAUGAUCGGAGGCUUUGUAUCAUUCCACUACGGUUGGGAUGUUAUGACACUUUCUCUGGGCUUGCUCUCCCUCGUCACAGCUGUUCCGAUGAUGUGGCUUAGUGGACCGAUUAAAGAUGACCAGAUUAGUGAGACAGAAAGAGAUCCACUCAUAAAUUGA